GUGAUAAGACGUCUGAUUAGAUUUAUGUCGACUAAGCAUCUAAGUGGAGAAGUGUGGAGUAGUGAAUUCAAUUGCUAAUAAGCAAGACGUACGUGUUUCAACGAGCUGGAAAAUAUUUUUGUUUAAUAAAUGUCUACAAAGCAAAUAACAUCAACAGAAAAAGUUGAAAUUGGUAGCAAUGCGAUUGACAACAAUAGUAGUGGAAAUGACCCGAAUGAACUCACUCGACGAGCGGCUACAUUACAAAUCAUCGCGUCGCUAGUUGCAAGCUUGUCGGUAACAUCUCCCGGAAUAGGUUUAGGCUAUCCGGCUAUUACGACAGAACUUCUAUCGUCACCGGACACAGAGGUUGUGCUAAACGCAUCAGAGAUAUCAUGGUUUGCCUCAAUUACGGCAAUUUCGAGUCCAAUUGGAAGUUUGCUAGCGGGUUACCUGUCAGACAAAAUCGGAAGGCGAAACACGCUUUUCUUUAUCAAUUUGAUUACAACAAUUUCUUGGAUUAUCAUUGGAUUUUCGAGUCGAGAAGAUGCUGCGAUUCUAUUUAUUGAAUUGAUGAUAGGACGCAGUUUAAUUGGUAUCGCAAUUGGAAUGGUUACCACACCAACUGUAAUGUACAGUUCGGAAAUUUGUCACCCAAAAAUCAGGGCACGAAUGACUGUGAUGUCGACACCGUUUUUUAUCUCAUUCGGGAGUCUAGUUGCCUACUUCUUGGGAUAUUUAUUUCCUAAUGAUUUCAGAUUAGUGAGCUUGAUAGCAGCGGGUAUCACUGUUACGACAAUGCUUUCACUGUUCUUCAUUCCUGAAUCUCCAGUUUAUCUAGUGACAAAGAAUAAGAUAGACGAUGCUCGCAAAACUCUGGCAAAGUUUCGAAAUCUACAUGUUGGAGACAUACGAAUCGAUAGCGAAAUUCACAGAAUCGAAGCGUCGAAAACUGUCAGCACAGACUCAUUUUUCUCGAAAUGGAAGGAGUUCGGCAAACCGGAACUGUAUCAACCGUUCAUAAUCAUGAUGAUAUUCUUUGCUGUGCAACAGUUGAACGGUAUUUUUGUGAUAUUAGUGUACAGUGCUAGGUUUUCCGUUGAAGCCGGCGUUGAAAUCGACGCUUUCCUUAGCGCCGUAUGCAUAGGAAUUAUAAGAUGUGUAACGACAGUCCUGGUCGGCCUCGCUUCAGUCAGAUUCGGGAGAAAACCAAUGGCAAUUUUAUCGGGAAUUGGAAUGCUUGUGGGCUUGGUGGGGAUAAUAUUGUGUGACGUACUUCAAACAAGUGACGGCAAAUACAAUUGGCUGCCCGUAGUCUUUUUGUUCGUUUUUGUUUUCGCCGGAACGCUCGGAUUUCUAACCCUUCCGUUCGCAAUGGUUGGAGAAAUGUUUCCACAGAAAUCGCGUGCUUUCGCUUCGGGUAUCACAUUGUGUCUGACAUACGUUAUAUGCUUCGGUCAUGUGAAGAUGUUCUCGACGCUUUUCGACUAUUUUGGAAAUGUUGCCGUCUUCUCCUUUUAUUCGGUGGUUACAUUCGUCGGGCUAUUGUUUGCCAUUUUCAUCUUACCGGAAACGAAAGGAAAAUCUCUUCAGGAAAUCGAACAAUAUUUCAAGAAUAAAUAAGUGACGAACAGCCCUUCUGUUCAUUAGACUAUAGUAAACUGAUAGUAAAAUAAAUUGUGAUUUCGUCUACUAAACUGUGGUAGAUGCCAUUCACCCAAUCAGGGAUCGUUCAUAAAAUAUGUUACGCAUACGAAAGAGAGGGAAUACAUGGUUGAAAAUGUCUUAGAAAGAGAUGUAUGUAUACAGUCGUCACGCGUGACAUACUUUGUAAAUGAUGCCCGGAGGAUCAAUAUUUUUUUUAGAAUUAAAGAGACACAUGCUUCACG